ACCCAGGGCUGAGGCAGGCGUCCCCCUCCCUCCCGCCUCAGUGGAUUAUGCCCAGGGCGGCAGCAGCGGCGGUUGCGGGGGGGAAGUGACUGGGCGGUGCCGGCGCAGGAGACGAUGCCGUUUCCAGUCACAACGCAGGGAUCACAACCAACACAGCCGCCACAGAAGCACUAUGGCAUUACCUCUCCUAUCAGCUUAGCAGCCCCCAAGGAGACUGACUGCAUACUUACACAGAAACUGAUUGAGACUCUGAAACCUUUUGGGGUUUUUGAAGAGGAAGAGGAACUGCAGCGCAGGAUUUUAAUUUUGGGAAAAUUAAAUAACCUGGUAAAAGAGUGGAUACGAGAAAUCAGUGAAAGCAAGAAUCUCCCACAAUCUGUAAUUGAAAAUGUUGGAGGAAAAAUUUUUACAUUUGGAUCUUACAGAUUAGGAGUACACACAAAAGGUGCCGAUAUUGAUGCGUUGUGUGUUGCACCAAGACAUGUUGAUCGAAGUGACUUUUUCACCUCAUUCUAUGAUAAAUUGAAAUUACAGGAAGAAGUAAAAGAUUUAAGAGCUGUUGAAGAGGCGUUUGUACCAGUUAUCAAACUGUGUUUUGAUGGAAUAGAGAUUGAUAUUUUGUUUGCAAGAUUAGCACUGCAGACUAUUCCAGAAGAUUUGGACCUACGAGAUGACAGUCUGCUUAAAAAUUUAGAUAUAAGAUGCAUAAGAAGUCUUAAUGGUUGCAGGGUAACCGAUGAAAUUUUACAUCUAGUACCAAACAUUGACAACUUCAGGUUAACUCUGAGAGCUAUCAAACUGUGGGCCAAACGCCACAACAUCUAUUCCAAUAUAUUAGGUUUCCUCGGUGGUGUUUCCUGGGCUAUGCUAGUAGCAAGAACUUGCCAGCUUUAUCCAAAUGCAAUAGCAUCAACUCUUGUACAUAAAUUUUUCUUGGUAUUUUCUAAAUGGGAAUGGCCAAAUCCAGUGCUUUUGAAACAGCCCGAAGAAUGCAAUCUUAAUUUGCCUGUAUGGGACCCAAGGGUAAACCCCAGUGAUAGGUACCAUCUUAUGCCUAUAAUUACACCAGCAUACCCACAGCAGAACUCCACGUACAAUGUGUCCGUUUCAACACGGAUGGUCAUGGUUGAGGAGUUUAAACAAGGUCUUGCUAUCACAGAUGAAAUUUUGCUGAGUAAGGCAGAGUGGUCCAAACUUUUUGAAGCUCCAAACUUCUUUCAAAAGUACAAGCAUUAUAUUGUACUUCUAGCAAGUGCACCAACAGAAAAACAACGCCUAGAAUGGGUGGGCUUGGUGGAAUCAAAAAUCCGAAUCCUAGUUGGAAGUUUGGAGAAGAAUGAAUUUAUCACACUGGCUCAUGUGAAUCCCCAGUCAUUUCCAGCUCCCAAAGAAAAUCCUGACAAGGAAGAAUUUCGUACAAUGUGGGUGAUUGGUUUAGUGUUUAAAAAAACAGAAAAUUCUGAAAACCUCAGUGUUGAUCUGACCUAUGAUAUUCAGUCUUUCACAGAUACAGUUUAUAGGCAAGCAAUAAACAGCAAGAUGUUUGAGGUGGAUAUGAAAAUUGCUGCAAUGCAUGUAAAAAAAAAGCAACUCCAUCAACUACUACCUAAUCAUGUGCUUCAGAAAAAGAAAAAGCAUUCAGCAGAAGGUGUCAAAUUGACAGCCCUGAAUGACAGCAGCCUCGACUUGUCUGUCGACAGUGAUAACAGCAUGUCUGUGCCUUCACCUACUAGUGCUCUGAAGACCAGUCCAUUGAAUAGUUCUGGCAGCUCUCAGGGCAGAAACAGUCCUGCUCCAGCUGUAACAGCAGCAUCUGUGACCAACAUACAAGCUACUGACAUUUCUGCGCCACAAGCAAAUUCCAGUGAAAGCUCAGGGGGUACAUCAAGUGAAAGCAUUCCUCAAACUGCCGCACAGCCAGCCAUUUCUCCACCACCAAAGCCUACGGUCUCCAGAGUUGUCUCCUCAACACGUUUGGUAAACCAACCACCUAGACCUUCAGGAAAUGCAGCAACAAAAAUACCUAAUCCUAGAGUAGGAGUCAAGAGGAAAUCCUCACCUCAUAAAGAAGAAAGUCCCAAGAAAACCAAAACAGAAGAGGAUGAAACAAGUGAAGAUGCUAACUGUCUUGCUUUGAGUGGACAUGAUAAAACAGAAAUGAAGGAACAACUUGAUACAGAGACAAGUACAACUCAAUCAGAAACUGUUCAGACAGCAGCUUCUCUGUUGGCCUCUCAGAAAACAUCCAGUACAGACCUUUCUGAUAUCCCUGCUCUCCCUGCAAAUCCUAUUCCUGUUAUCAAGAAUUCAAUAAAACUGAGAUUGAAUCGGUAAAAACAACCUCAGGGGUCCAUAGACAAUAUCUGCCAACUCAACCUGUUGUCUUCAAAUGCUAAAAAAAGGAGAAUGGAGGGUACAAGACUAGACAUGACUGAAAAUGGAUUUAGGUUUUUUUGGUGACCUCCCUUACUGGGCUAAUCAGCACUUGAUCGGAAGUCCAG